GCUCGGAAACGCCCAUCUUCCUUCCGCCAACAAGCUAAUCUAUUAUUCGAAGCAGCUCAUCGGAAUAUAGCAAGAGAACAAUGGACAUGGAAGUCAAUGAUACAGACGGACAGCACCAACAUACAGAAGGUGCAAUCGCUCCGAAAGAGAAUGGGGAGCCCAACCACGAGACUACCGAUUCGCCGACAACCACCAACAGUCAUGCUGACAGUUUCCCACCGACACCCAAACCCAUUGAUUUGGGUAAUAAGGACGAUAGUAGUUGCAGCAUAGCCAAUGAUGAAAGCACACCUUCUCGCGACGUAGUCGGACGUUUGAAAUCCAUUGAGACCAAAUUCAAUGUGCUCGAAACCCUUUUCAAUCCUCAGGUGUCAGAAGACGAAAGCGAAGACUCGGAUUAUAGCGGCAGAUCCUCCGACUCGGAUGGCUCUAGUUAUGGAAGCAGGAGAGUGCUCGGCCAAGUCCUCUGGUAUAUUGGAAGAUCAAAGCGGUUGUAUGAACGAGAACAGCGUAUGAAGAAGCACCGGAAGGCUAUGAGGAGGGCGGAUAGCCGCAAUGUGACGUCGGAUAACAGAGACAAGACCAACUCGUUGGAGAACAUUAGCACAGCAGCAAACCUCAGAGGCGAGCCAGCAGUACUUCAAUGGGUGGCUUGGAAGUACUUCAUUGCAUUCAAAGGAGGGUUUGAGAACUCCGUCCUUAUGCCUAUCGAUGCUGUUGUUGGAGAACCAGAGCCACAUAUCAUCCUUCAGCUCAAAAUUCAGGUUGAUACGCAGGCACCUAGGAAACGGCCUUCGGGUGGUCGCCCACGUCCAGCAGCGCGAACAAAAAUCCCAGAAGAUCUUCCAGGGCAGUUACCACUUCCCGAGCGGGUCAAGAUACACUCUGAAUCGCUGAAUGAUCUCUUCAUGCGAAUAAUCACAGCUCAUUCAACAUGGAGAACAGCCGCCGAUGGUUCCAUUGUGUUCCUGCGACCGUAUAGAGAGUUCAUAUAUUAUGAAAACGAACUGAGGGGAGCGCUAGCAAAUUUGGAGAAGCAUGUUGAAAGUGCCAAAAUCUCUGACAGUGAGCUUGUUCUUCUGAACAAAGAAGACGCUCACGAUCUAGAUCCAAAGGCAACAGUCGGAAAGACCGAUGAAAGUAUACAGAAAACAACCUCAACUGGUGACGAUAACGAGACAGAGGAGGUGCAGCAGGGUGGCGAUGAGGAUGACAGUGCUAGUGUCAAGGCCGAAGAGGAAUAUACACAAAGCCCCAUGACGACUCUGCUCCACUUGCGUUGUUUAAUGCGGUUCAUUGAUGAAGAACUCAAACCUAAGAUUGAGUAUAUCAACAACAACAAGUGUCGGAAGAUUCUGUUUCAUGAUCUAUGGUAUCUCCUCAAACCUGGAAACGAGGUCAUUGACCAGAAGGAAAAGCAAGCAUACCGGAUUGUUCGUGUCGAAUUUCCACGACAUAAAGUUGAAGAGCCAUUUUUCCGGUGGAACAAGCGGCCAUCCAGGAACAGGGACGAUGAGGCGGAGAUUGAGGAAGACACGCUUGUCAGGGUUCAUUGCGCAUACAUUGACUUUGAUGGCAAGCAGUUCGGUCCAGUUUCUAAGAAGUUCGACAUCGCACCAUACGGUGGAGUCAAAGACAUCAAAUCCUUGCCUGUAUAUCCGCUUCGGUUUGCAAAAGAUACAAAACUCCGCGAAAGAUUGAUCAAACGCGGGAGAAUGCUCUUAGAUAUUUCAAGGUAUAAGAGUAUGUACUACAGCGGUUAUACCUUGGAUAGUCGAGAUGAAGUUGAUAGUCAGGUUGUUGUCGAUUUCAGUGAAGCACUAUCAGAUGAGACUAGAGAAAACUGGGCGCCGGUCAUUGACACUCUCAGAACUGCCCCGGAUACUAGAGAUGAUGUCGACAGGUGUGUCGCUCCUUGCUGUCACGGCCAGGCUGUUGGCGAAGACGAGUACAUCGACUCAAGGCUCACAGAGGAUUUCUUCAAAAGCUUGAUACCUGACACAUCAUUUGCAGCACCAUCACUACUUCUUUCGCCUCGGCCUCUGGAUGAAACCCAAAUCGGCUCGGAGAACGAGCCGACGGAAGACGAGUUUGUGGUAAUGACCUACAGGGUGUUUGGAUUUGUGUUGCGAAGUCGGAAAUGGGCCCAGCUUGAUCUCACCUUUUUGAGGUAUGAAAACACGGAUGCAAGAGUGUCCACUCUCUCUGCUUUCGAUCAGCUUGAAUUACCGGAAGGCCAUCGUGACAUGGUAAAAUCGCUGGUAACACAACAUUUCCGUGAAAGACAAGCCACAUUCGCUAGAGACGAACAAACAGACUUGAUUAAAGGAAAGGGCAAGGGUCUCAUCCUGCUCUUGCAUGGUGCACCAGGAGUGGGUAAAACUACGACAGCUGAGGGGAUAGCAGAGCUCUUCCAGAAGCCAUUAUUCCAGAUCACGUGCGGUGAUCUUGGAAGUACAGCCCGAGAUGUUGAGGUGGAAUUAGAGAAGAACUUUGCUUUGGCAAGCCGAUGGGGCUGUAUCCUGCUCCUUGACGAGGCUGAUGUCUUCCUGUCGGCUCGAGAGCGGAAGGAUUUUGAACGAAACGGUCUAGUAGCAGUAUUUCUUCGCGUGUUGGAAUACUACGCUGGUAUUCUUUUCCUUACCACCAACCGUAUUGGUGAUUUCGAUGAAGCGUUUGCCUCUCGAAUUCACAUGAGCUUGCACUACCCGGAGCUCGACGAAGCGAAAACAAUAAAGAUUUUCGAUCUCAAUCUGGAUCUCAUCCAGCAGCGCUUCAAACGCCAAGAUCGCACGAUCACGUACGACGCUUCAGCUAUUAAAACCUUUGCUGCACAGCACUACGACGACCAUGAAUACAACCGCUGGAACGGUCGACAGAUCCGAAAUCUAUGUCAAACCGCUCUUGCGCUGGCCGAGUUUGACGCGCAUGGAAGGAAGAUCGAUGGUAAAGUGGAUAAGGAAGCGACCGUUCAGCUGCAGCUCAAGCAUUUUGCAUUGGUGCAGAAAGCGUACAUUGAGUUUGGAGAGUACCUUGGCGAUCUUCGAGGGACGCCAGGAGAUCAGAGAGCCUAUGAUCAUUCGUUGCGUGCGAAGCAAGGCACCGUGCACCAGACUACGCCCAGCAAGUUUUCACGGUCAUCAAAAGCAAAGGAGUCGAGCAGCAACGCUAGGCACUCAAGCUCAAUUCCCCAGUCUCAGUCGUCAGCACAUAUUGAUCAGUUCCAGCCUCUCGUGAAUCAGGGCUAUCUGCCCGGAGCAAGUCCAAAUACGAGACCCGUCUACAACCAGCCUCACUCAUCUGGACAGACCAUGGGAUCCAUGGGGAACUCUUACGACCUUCAACACGGAUACCCUCAUCAGGGGAUUCAGCAAGGACAGAUGGAUCCAAGAUUUUACCAAGGACAUCAACCACAGCAGGCGCCGCAGAGUGGAUACAUUCCGCAAGGCCAGGGUUGGGUCGCUCCCAAUAUGCCCAUGAACUACAACCCUACCAGUCAACCCCAACAAAUGCAACCCUUACAGGGACAAGGUCUCCCGGGACAGCUACCACCGUACGGCUACUCCAUUUCACAGGGUGGUGUGCAGAGUAACACGGUGGGUGGACCAGAAUCUUUUGGUCAGACAGUUCACCCGGGCGAGAGUCUCGGUGGAGGUAGCGGAUCAGGGGUAGGUAGUUCAUAGAGCUAGGUUGUUUCCAUUACUUGUGUGGGAGAGCAAUGCAGGCGCUCUGGUCCUGAAAUUGGGUGGUGUAGCCAAAGCAUGUAUACUACAGUAGAUGAUGCUUCUUGUGGUAUUUCAUUAGAUUUUUU